GCCCACCUUCUGCCGCCGCCGCCGCUGCCGCCGCCGCCACAACCACCUUCUCCUCCGCUGUCCUCUUCUGUCCUCGCCUUCUGUCGAUUAUCAGGCUUUGAACCAGUAUGGCUGAACCCCGCCAGGAGUUUGACACAAUGGAAGACCAUGCCGGAGAUUACACUGUGCUCCAAGACCAAGAAGGAGACAUAGACCAUGGCUUAAAAGAACCUACCCCACAGCACCCCACCGAUGAUGGAUCGGAGGAACCAGGGUCGGAGACCUCCGAUGCUAAGAGCACUCCAACUGCUGAAGACGUGACUGCGCCCCUAGUGGAUGAGAGAGCUACCGACAAGCAGGCCGCUGCCCAGCCCCACACGGAGAUCCCAGAAGGAACCACAGCUGAAGAAGCAGGCAUCGGAGACACCCCGAACCUGGAGGACCAAGCAGCUGGGCACGUGACUGAAGAACCAGAGAAGGUCAAGAUUUUCUCACAAAGUUUGCUUGUCGAACCAGGGCAUCGUGAAGGCCAGGCCCCAGAUGCAGGGAUCUCAGACUGGACCCGCCAACAGGUGCCUAGCAUGUCUGGGGCUCCCCUCCUGCCACAAGGCCUCAGAGAGGCUACAUGCCAACUUUCGGGAACAAGACCUGAGGACGUAGAGAGAAGCCACCUGGCCUCUGAGCUGCUACAGCAAGGGCCACCUCAGAAGGAAGGCUGGGGCCAAGACAGGCUGGGGAGUGAGGAAGACGUGGAUGAAGAUAUCACCAUGGAUGAAUCAUCCCAGGACUCCCCUCCCUCCCAGGCCUCCCUGACCCCUGGCAGGGCAGCCCCUCAGGCCGGCUCCGUCUCUGUCUCCCAGGAAACCACUAGCAUGCCUGGGUUCCCAGCUGAGGGUUCCAUCCCACUUCCUGCUGAUUUCUUCUCCAAAGUCUCCACAGAAACCCAGGCCUCGCAGCCAGAAGGGCCUGGCAUGGGGCCCAUGGAGGAAGGGCACGAAGUUGCCCCUGAGUUCACGUUCCACGUGGAAAUCAAAGCCAGCACGCCGAAGGAACAGGAUUUGGAAGGGGCUACAGUGGUGGGGGCCCCUGGAGAGGAGAAAAAGGCCCAGGGCCCCUCUAUGGGAAAGGGCACCAAAGAGGCUAGCCUUCUGGAACCACCUGACAAGCAACCUGCAGCCGGCCUGCCAGGAAGGCCAGUCAGUCGGGUUCCUCAACUUAAAGCUCGAGUGGCCGGUGUAAGCAAAGACAGGACUGGAAAUGACGAGAAGAAAGCCAAGACAUCCACACCUUCCAGUGCUAAAACCCCGAGCAAUAGGCCCUGCCUUAGCCCCACACGCCCCACUCCUGGUAGCUCAGACCCUUUGAUCAAACCCUCCAGCCCUGCCGUGUGCCCUGAGCCAGCCACCUCUCCUAAACACGUCUCUUCUGUCACACCCCGAAAUGGCAGUCCUGGAACAAAGCAGAUGAAACUCAAGAGCGCUGAUGGCAAAACCGGGGCGAAGACCGCCACACCUCGGGGAGCAGCCACUCCGGGCCAGAAAGGCACAUCCAACGCCACCAGGAUCCCAGCCAAGACCACGCCCAGCCCAAAGACUCCUCCCGGGUCAGGUGAACCACCAAAAUCUGGAGAACGAAGCGGCUACAGCAGCCCCGGCUCUCCCGGAACCCCCGGCAGUCGCUCCCGCACCCCAUCCCUACCAACGCCGCCCACCCGAGAGCCCAAGAAAGUGGCAGUGGUCCGCACUCCCCCUAAGUCACCAUCUGCCAGUAAGAGCCGCCUGCAGACUGCCCCUGUGCCCAUGCCCAUGCCAGACCUAAAGAACGUCAGGUCCAAGAUUGGCUCCACUGAGAACCUGAAGCACCAGCCCGGAGGCGGCAAGGUGCAGAUAAUUAAUAAGAAGCUGGAUCUUAGCAACGUCCAGUCCAAGUGUGGCUCGAAGGACAAUAUCAAACACGUCCCGGGCGGAGGCAGUGUGCAAAUAGUCUACAAGCCAGUGGACCUGAGCAAGGUGACCUCCAAGUGUGGCUCAUUAGGGAACAUCCAUCACAAGCCAGGAGGUGGCCAGGUGGAAGUAAAAUCAGAGAAGCUGGACUUCAAGGACAGAGUCCAGUCGAAGAUUGGCUCCUUGGAUAAUAUCACUCACGUCCCUGGAGGAGGGAAUAAGAAGAUUGAAACCCACAAGCUGACCUUCAGGGAGAAUGCCAAAGCCAAGACAGACCACGGAGCAGAAAUCGUGUACAAGUCACCUGUGGUGUCUGGGGACACAUCUCCACGGCACCUCAGCAAUGUGUCCUCCACGGGCAGCAUCGACAUGGUGGACUCACCACAGCUUGCCACACUAGCCGACGAAGUGUCUGCUUCCUUGGCCAAGCAGGGUUUGUGAUCAGGCCCCCAGGGCAGGCAAUAAUCAUGGAGAGAAGAGAGAUCAUGAGAGUGUGGAAAAAAAAAAAAAAGAAUGAUCUGGCCCCUCGCCCUCUGCCCUCCCCGCUGCUCCUCAUAGACAGGCUAACCGGCUUGUCACCUAACCUGCUUUUGUGGCUCGGCUUUGGCUCGGGACUUCAAAAUCAGUGAUGGGAAAAAGUUAAAUUUCAUCUUUCCAAAUUGAUUUGUGGGCUAGUAAUAAAAUAUUUUUAAGGAAAAAAAAAACAUGUAAAGACAUGGCCAAAAAUCCCAACAUUUCCUUGGGCAAUUGCUAAUUGAUUUCCUCCCCCCCCCCAACCCUUCCUCUCUGUGUAUUAGAGGGUGAAGGAGGCGCUGGAGGCUGAUUCUGGGGAGUGGCUGAGGGACUAGGGCAACUAAUUGCCCACAGCCCCAUCCUAGGGGCAUAGGGACAGCGGCAGCAAUGAAAGAUGUGAGGCUUGGUGUGCUCGUGGAGCCUUAGGCAGGUGGUGUGAACUUUGUGUGGGUGUGAGUGAGGACUGAACAGCAAAGGCUGAGAGAUGGGUGGCCUAGGAGAGUCAAGGGAGAGAGGUGAGGAAGAUAGGUUGGAGGAGGGGACACUAGUUCCUUGCCAAGUAGCUUGGGAAGCACAGGUAGCCCCAGCUGCCUGCAACAGUCUUAGCUAACACAGAUGCCUACUUGAUGAAGCACUGUGGGGUACAGUGGGGGUGUGUGCCCCUUCUGAAGAGGCAGUGGGCAGAAGGAAGGUCGGCCAGAAGGUGGCACCUUGUAGGUUGGAUCUUUGCAGGCUGAUCUUGACAUCCGGUGCACUGGCUUCUUCCUCCCUCCCUGCAGGGUGGGAGGUCCUGAGCUGAGGAGCUUCCCUUUGCUCACACAGGAAAACCUGCUUUACUGAGUUCUGAAGUUUGGAACUACAGCCAUGAUUUUGGCCACCAUACAGACCUGGGACUUUAGGGCUAACCAGUUCUUUGUAAGGACUUGUGCCUCUUGGGGGACAUCUGCCUGUUCUCAAGCCUGGUCCUCUGGCACUUCUGCAGUGUGAGGGAUGGGGUGAUAUUCUGGGAUGUGGGUCCCAGGCCUCCCAUUCCUCACACAGCCACUGUAUCCCCUCUACUUGUCCUAUCAUGCCCACGUCCGCCAUGAAAGCCAGUCACUGCUGUCCAUACAUCAUGUCUCACUGUCCUGAGUGCCCAGCCUCCCCCAGCUCCAUCCCUGGCCCCUGGGUAGAUAUGGGCAAUACCUGCUCUUCACUAGGGGAUGGGGUCCAGGGAAGGCAAAGAUUUGGGCCUCAGUCUCUAGUCCUACGUUCCACGAAUCCAACCAGUGUGCCUCCCACAAGGAACCUUCCGGCCUUGCUUGGUUCGCUCCAUCACCUCCCAUCCUGGAUGGGAGCCAGUGUGUGCCUGGAUGACCCUGGACACCUCUGCUUUUUUUUACUUUAACAGUUGCCUCCUAUGCCUGACUCCUUCCUGUGUUGAACUGGAGUUAGCCAAGUCAGGUGUCAAUGUCCUGGCGUCAGUAUGAACAGUCAAGAGUCCCAGGGCAGGGCCACACUUCUCCCGUCUUCCGCUUCCACCCCAGCUUGUGAUUGCUAGCCUCCCAGAGCUCAGCCGCCAUUAAGUCCCCAUGCACGUACUCAGUCCCCACACCCCAGUUUGGGGAUCAUACCCCUUGAUUGAAAUGUUUUUCCUCUGGUCCCAUGGAAAUGGUGCUGCCUGCCCUGCUGGAGCAGUCAGCCAUCUCCGUAGAUGCAACCCUUUCUUUCCUGUCUGCACCCUGUUGCGAUGUAGUUGGAUUGUCUGUUUGUCUGGGUUCACCAGUGUGACUAUGAUAGUGAAAGAAAAGAAAAGAAAAAAAAAGAAAAAAAAAAAGGACGCAUGUAUCUUGAAAUAUUUGUCGAAAGGUUCCAGCCCAUCACAGGGUAUGGAGGGCCUGGAUAUCACUGGUCUCCUUCCUGACUUGGCUCCAGGCCAGGGCAGUGCUACCCUGCUGGGACAGCCUGUUUUGAAGGGUUUCUUCUGCAUCUGGGACCUCACAGACACUGGAUUGUGACAUUGGAGGUCUAUGACAUUGACUAAGGCCUGAAGCACAGGACCAGCUAGAGGCAGCAGGCUCCACCUGUCAGGGAGAGCUUGUGGCUGGCCUGUUUUGUAGAGUGAAGAUGGUCCUCUCUAAUCACAACUCAAGUCUCACAGCAGCCCUGAAAGACAUCUAAGAACUCCUGCAUCACAAGAGAAAAGGACACCAGUACCAGCAGGGAGAGCUGUGGCCCUAGAAAUUCCAUGACUCUCUAGUAGAUAGGCUUGGGCCUCUUCAAGCCUUGGCCUCUUCACCAUAGGGUUUGGGAUGGACUGCCCCACUGAUGAAGGGAACAUCUUAGGAGACUUCAUUUCUAAGGUGUCAGCCUCCCCUCCCCCACACCUUGCAUGACCUCCUACAAUUGCAGGGACUAGGCCUUUGAAGAUUAGGCCCAGAUUGGCCACUUCUGGCUUGGGUACUGUUUAGGACAAUGUGGAUUAUAGGAGGAAACAGCCAGCCUUUCCCACUAAAGAACUAUGUGCCCAGAGCGCCCCACUGCUGAUGGACUUUAGCUCUCCAUAGAAGUGAAGAGUCCGAUGGAGGAAAAGGAAGUGUGGUUUGACGGUUACCUUCAUCAUGGUUACCUGUUGUGGUUUUCUCUUGCAUCCAUUUACCCAUCCUGAAGUUCCUGUCCUUGAAUGGAGGGUGGGGUACUCUGCCAUUCUCUUGUAGGGCAGUCAGCCCAAAAAUCAUGGUUUGGAGUGAUCUGGUCAAUGCUGAGAGGCAGUUUACAAAGGGAUUCUGGCUUGUUACUUCAAAGAGGACAAUCCCCCAGGGCCCUGACACCUGUCUUUUCUAUGCCUCUCCACUCCAGAGCCAGUGUUUUUGGGUGGGCUAGAUAGGGUAUACAAUUUGCCUGGUUCCUCCAAGCUCUUAGUCCACUUAUCAAUAGUUCCAUUUAAAUUGACUUCAAUAAGAGUGUAUCCCAUUUGAGAUUGCUUGUGUUGUGGGGGAAGGGGUGGGAGGAAGAACAUGGUAAGAUAAUUCACAUGGGCAAAGGGAAAUCUUGGAGUGUAGCCAUUAAGCCAUCUUGUAACCCCAUUCAUGAUUUUGACCACUUGCUAGAGAGAAGAGGUGCCAUAAGGCUAGAACUUGGAGGCUUGUCCCAUGGACAGGCAAGGCAGAGGCAGCCAGAUAGGUCCCUGCCCUCCCAGCCAGGCGCAGCUCUCAGGUCUGUGUAGGAAAUCUAUGAACUGCUCUUGCCUGCUGCCUUCUUGUGGUGUCCAGAGCCCAGUCAAUGCCUCCUCGAAACCCUGGCUUCCUUCCCUCUAAUCCAUUGGCACAUCAGCAUCACCUCUGGAUCGACUUCAGAUCCAUAGCCUACACUAGCAGCAGUGGCCAAGACCACUUCCUUUAUCCUCGUCUGUUCUCCAGGAAAGUAAGUAAGUGGGGAUGAGGGUGGAGGUGGUAAUCAACUAUAGGUCUGCAGCUUUAUGAGCCUUCCAACUUCUCUCUGGCUUCUGAAAGGGUUACUUUGGGCAGUAUCUCAGUCUCACCCUCCUGAUGGACUGUAGCCUGUGCAGUUACUGUGCUGGGCAUGAUCUCCAGUGCUUGCAAGUCCCAUGAUUUCUUUGGUGAUUUUGAGGGUGGGGGGAGGGACACGAAUCAUCUUAGCUUAGCUUCCUGUCUGUGAAUGUCCAUAUAGUGUAUUGUGUUUUAACAAAUGAUUUACACUGACUGUUGCUGUAAAAGUGAAUUUGGAAAUAAAGUUAUUACUCUGAUUAA